GGGACACCGCCUCUUCCGGCCGAGCCGGGCGCCUGCGCCUGCCGACGUGUUCUUCCGGUGGCAGAGCGGCGGAUUACCGUGUGCGGGGCAAAAUGGAGCUCGAGGCCAUGAGCAGAUACACCAGCCCAGUAAAUCCAGCUGUCUUCCCCCAUCUGACUGUGGUGCUUCUGGCUAUUGGCAUGUUCUUCACCGCCUGGUUCUUCGUUUACGAGGUUACCUCCACCAAGUACACACGGGAUAUCUACAAAGAGCUCCUCAUCUCCUUGGUGGCCUCACUCUUUAUGGGCUAUGGAGUCCUCUUCCUCCUUCUCUGGGUYGGCAUCUACGUGUGAGCUCCCAAGGGUAAGAGCUGUGACAAGGUACCCGCCAGGUGGCUUCACUAAAUCCCUGCUUUUGUAAAUUAAUUUUUUUACUGUUGCUAGAAGUGUCCCACCUACUGCUCAAAUAAAGGCAGAUG